ACGCGUGACAAGCAUGGAAGCCGCCAGAGUUACAGAAGUGUUUUGUGGGUUCCAAAAGUACAUCGACAGCGAACAGGACAAAAGAGAUGAGGUUAGGCAGUUGGUGAAGGAUUUGGAGCAAUCGGCCAGAGAAAUCUUGGCGGUCAUGCAGAUAAUUCACACCGAUGAGGGCCUCAAAACUAUAUCAAAAGUCUGUGAAAAGGCGAGACACCACUUCGAGACGGUGCGCGCGCAGUUUGCAGUGCUGGCGGCGUGCGUGCCGCCGUCCGAAUACUUCCGCUUCAACGACCACUGGCGCUUCGUCGUCCAGCGGCUCUCCUUUCUCGCAGCUCUCAUCGUUUACAUGGAAUCGGAGAUGCUGAUAACGAAGGAGGAAGCUGCAGCCAUUCUGGGCAUCAAGAGUUCGCGCGAGGCAGGUUUCCACCUCGACCUUGACGACUACCUCACGUCGACCUUGACGCUGGCCAGCGAGCUCUCCCGUCUCGCCGUGAACGCUGUCGUCGCCGGCGACUACUCACGGCCUGUCCGCGUCGCCUCGUUUGUCGGCGACCUCGCCAACGGCUUCCGUCUGCUCAACCUGAAGAACGACUCGCUGCGGAAGCGGUGCGACGCGCUAAAGUACGACGUCAAGAAAGUCGAGGAGGUCGUGUACGACCUGAGCAUCCGCGGCCUGCGCCCCGCCGACGCGUAGUUACCACGGUUACCGCCUCCUCACGGCCUCCGCGGAUUGAGGCGACACUAAAGUUGCCACAUUCGUGGGUUUAGGCGUAGCGUUAUUGUUAGCGUGGUUAUCACGUCCUCGCAGCAUCCGUGGAUCGACGCGGGGUAUCGCCACGGUUGCCGCAUCCUCAGUUGUUGCUGCAUCUUCCAGGCAUCUGCCGAUGCAGAGUCGCCAUGGUUACCGCAUCCUUCCGGUAUCUACCGAUGCGUAAUUGCUGUAGCUUAUCAGCAUCUGCCGACACGCAGUCGUCAUGGUUACCGCAUCCUUCCAGCAUCUACCGAUGCUUAGUUGCUGUAUAUUCCAAGCAUCUGCCGACAUGUAGUCGCCAUGCUUACCGCAUCCUCCCGGCAUCCGUCGACACGUAGUUACCAUGGUUACCGCAUCUUGCCGGCAUCUGCCGACGCGUAGUUACCUUUACUUCUCAGGAGCUGUCGCGUGAACACCGGCUUUCCUGAGCUAGUCGUCGAAACGGUCAGAGAGCAUUCCUAUUUUUGCCGCCACAUUUCGGUUUCGUUAGUUUCACAAACGUUGCGGGAUUGAAACAAAUGUUUUCAGUCCACGAGCGAGAACGAGUGGGACGUAUGCAUGUGGUCUGUGAUGCACUCAUUCCUGCAGCCACACUUUCAUGUUGUCUUUUUUUAGGUUGUUAGAUUUUCAUAUGGACAAGAGGAGUGCUAUUAUUGGGAAAAUAGUGAAUUAUAGAUGGCGAAAACAUUUCGCUGCAAGUGUAAUAUUGUUUAAAUCCGUUAUUGUGUAAUAGUUAGUGAUUUUGGGUGCAGAGGUUUCACGAAGAAUAAUUAAGCUCUGAGCAUUUUCUUUAUUCAUUAAAAUCAGAGCUUUUGUACACUAGCUCGGAGGUUUAGAGUAGUGAUAUCACUUUCGCAACACACACGCAAAUGCCAUUUGUGUUUAUACUCGAGCUGCCAAUUUUAAUUUUGCAAAAUGCGUGGAAUGCUCAUGCUGUGGGGGUCGUGUAAAGAUGUCUACUGACACCACGUAUCGACAAAAUAAUGGUGUAUACUGAAAGUUGUUCUUUACUUAUUGUAUGUUGUGAUUCUUCAUUUAUCGUUGUAUUAUUCAACACAUAGCGAUCACAGUAAUAUCAGAAGUGAAUUAUGAAAUAAACGUGAUUACCGAAUUUUUUUGCAACAAUCUACUUGGAUUUAUUCUAUAGCACUGGUAGAAGUUUGUCGAUUGGUAUACAUGUAUAUCAACACGGCCACAUAAACUAUGAAGUGAAUUAUGACAUCAUUGACUUACUCCUGAUAUUUAUUCUACUAGUGUAUUCAUGACGAUAUCACGAACUAUAUGUAAGGUACUUAUGUGUGGGCAUAUCAUGUUUGUAGCAAAAUCAUGUUCUGUAUUCGUGUACAUACAAGAAAGGAUGGACACUUCUGUGUCACCUUACGGACACCUUGAAAGAGUGAAGGCAACAUCUUUGUGUGUUCAUGCAAAAACUAUCUAUACAACAUUUCUAUUUCUGAAAAUAAACGUGAUUACCAAAUUUUUUGGCAA